UGCGGCCACGGAUAUACUGGUGGUCCGAAGGCGUUACAUCCUCCGACAGGACCCUCGUCCUGGGCACAGCAUGAGAUGGAAUCGUGAACGUGACAUCCACAAUCGAUUCACCAUUUCGGGUAUUGCGUAGGGCUCGGAAAUGAUGACAAUGUUGAUAUUCCACUGCGCCAGACUCUGGUACAAUAGGUUUUCAUAACGUCCAUACGCGCAUUGUUACGCGGAGGCUUUAUUCUUUAUAGGUGGCGAGAGGCGCCUGGGUACCCUAACGCUUAGAGCUGUGCAACUUUUGCCACCCAGCCUGUGCUCAGCUUUUCUAUCGGCCUCGUCGCACAGUAGAUCCAAGCAUCCGCAAGGAAAUAUUAUUUAAAUAAUACUUAACUAACAAGAUUUUAAUAAUUUAUAAUAAUAUCUGGAUUUUGUUUUUAUUACAAUGAUUGAAUGAUAAGCUAAGCAAGAUAUCGAAUUUUUGUUAGAUAAAUAUUGAUAAAAACUUUACUUGUAAUUGACAGAGGCCAUUUGAAUAUCGGAUACAAGAUAAUGAAUAAAAGUGUCUGGCCGUGCUAGAUAUAAGUAUUUACCACGUUUCGUGUCAUGGAAUGUUGAGAGUUGUCGACGAAAAUAUUUUAAAGGUGCCGUGCAACGAUCACCAUUAGAGAAGUGACCGUUCUUAAUCCAUAUCGGGCUAAUAGAAAUACAUACAUACAGUAUUCUAAAAAAUGCAGAAACAAACAAGGGGAUUACUCGCGGAUUAUAUGGAUAUACGGCAAGGUGACUAAAUCCGUCCACAAUGCUGGGUGGGUAAACUAGUCCGGGUUGUUACAUAACACAAUGUAGCAAAUGUCAAAGAUACCGUUUUUAUUUUUUUAUGAUUAAUUUCGGAUUCAGAUUCGAAACCCUCCAAUAAUAAAUCAACAACAACAUAAUAAAGAAAACAUUAAGAAACUCUACCCAAGCAAAACGUCAACACGGAGAUCCCAACCUCCAGACACAAGAAUAUACAUUGCUACCCUAAACGUAUUAACACUAAGAUCAGCUGAAAGCUUAUCGGAAUUGUCAAUAGCAUUACAAAAUACUAACUGGGAUAUUAUCGGCAUGAGUGAAUGGUGACACGGUAAACAUUGGUGGGAAUAAAAUUUGAAAUAAUGAUUGGUGUGCUUAUAAGCGCAAUAGUGGUGUGUCUAGUGACAUGGGUAUACCUGCGUUGGAGAAGCGUGAAACAAUAUUGGGCAGAGCGUGGAGUACCAUUUCUACCACCACAUCCAAUAUGGGGAAGCUUGACAUUCUUACUUAAAAAGAACACGGGCACGUGGAUGAUCGAAAUGUAUCAGCGUUUCCCUAAAGCACCCGUCGUCGGGAUCUGGCUGUACUGGAGACCAGCUCUGAUCAUCAACUCACCGGAAUUGGCGAAACGGAUCCUCCUGAAGGACAACUAUGUGUUCAGGGAUAGGUUUUUGAGCGGUGGAAAGCACGAUCCCAUUGGCUCGCUUAACUUAUUGACAACCAAUGACCCUUUAUGGGCGGUAGUUCGUCGUCGGCUUACAUCAAUUUUUACUGGAUCGAAAUUAAGAGCUCUACAACCUUUAGUCGACACAAAGUGCAGUCAAUUGAUAACUCGGAUCAAAAACACCGAAGAUUACAGCAAACUCAAUUUGAGACAUUUGUUUGUGGACUACAACACGGAUGUCUUUGGAACAGCUGCGUUUGGCGUUGAGACACACGCUCUACGCACCGGAGAGGAUCCAAUGAGAACUGUUACAGAGGCUUUUAUGAAUUUUGAUUGGUUAAGAGGCCUGGGCUGGAGCAGCAUUUUCUUCUUCCCACAGAUGUCUAAAAUUUUCAAGUUUACGUUAUUCCCAAAAUGGUCGACUGAAUACUUUAAAAACAUAUUUGCUAUUGUAGUCGAACAGCGGAAAGACAAUAUUAUCAAAGACCCUAAGGACCUGGUAGACGCUUUACUGAAAAUGAAGCGAGACGGCCCAGUAAUAGAUGGAGUAGAAAUCACUGACGAUGUAAUCGUAUCAAAUGCUGCAAUAAUGCUUCUAGGAGGAUUUGAAACAUCAGGUUCUGCACUCACUUUUACGUUGUACCAUUUGGCACAUGAGCCAGAAAUUCAACAAAAAAUAUAUGACGAAGUCUCAAAAGUUAUAGGUGAAGAUGGAAAAUUUGAUAUAACGAAACUCAUGGAAUUAACUUACCUAAAUGCAGUCGUCAAAGAGACACUGCGUCUCUACUCCCCAAUGGGUUGGCUCGAUAGAGUAGCGUCUCAAGACUACCAAAUUGAUGAAAAAUUAACAAUAAAGAAGGGUACACCAGUCUAUGUAAACGCUAUCGGCAUGCAAUAUGACCCCGACUACUUUCCAGAACCAUUAAAAUACGACCCAGAAAGGUUUAUGCCAGGAAAUGAAAAGGAUAUUAAACCAUUUACAUAUUUACCAUUUGGCGAAGGACCCAGAAUCUGCAUAGGAAUGAGGUUUGGAUUAAUAUCCGUUCGUCAUGCAAUAUCGAAUUUGAUAAUGAAAUACAAAUUCGAACCAAUACCAGGAGCGCCGAAGCCUUCAGAAGUGGAAUUCGAGAAGAAGGGUCUUUUAUUGGUCCCUGGACAACAUAUGGCCAUUAAUUUUAUACCUAGAGACGUCUAAAACAUUUUGCACAUCAUCCUCCACCACCACCACCAUCUUAAGGGAGCAAAGUAUUCCGAUCUGAUUUACACGUAUAUAUAUAUAUAUAUAUAAAAUAUAUAAGCAGCCGCAAGGAAACAUUAUUUAAAUAAAACUUAAGUGUACUAAUGCUAACCAUAGUUACAGGAUACAUAAAAGUCACUUUAAUAACACAUGAAUUAAAAUAUUUUGAACUUAUAUCGCGUCGUUAUGAGUAUUACAAAUAUGUA